CGCGUCUUAGAGCUUUGGACGUCGCUUCACGUGGAGUUCCAAGGAUGCUACUACAACCAACGACUGCAGCAGCUGCAGCCCUACACGAAAGACCUGAGCGUCGCUCGGUUGGUGGCCCUUUGCCUGGUGACGCCACUCCCCAGUCUCUGCUUGAGUUUACUCACCGAGUCAGUGCCGCUACCGCCCCCUGAAGCUGGAAUUUCCCGCAACUGGUUCGUGUUCGUUCGAUCGUGGGCUCUCAUCGUAUUGAUCGGAGCAGGCGAGCUCGUGCAGAUCGGCCAGGGGGUGUCGAAACUGAAGCUCUGCGCAGCACAAGUGUCUUUUGUUUCCUCUAUCGCGGCUACUUUUCCCUUCUCAUGCGUCAUAAUCGUUUGUAGCUUGACGGAUAUUUUCCCACUGCCAUUUGGACUCGUUGUUGCUGGACCCCCCACCGUCUUGGCCCUUGCAGCGAGUUUCGUUUACAUAUCCAGAUCCACAUUACGAGCUGAGCCGUCGCUGUGGACCGAACUCAAGCGCCAACUGAACGUCUUUUAUUGCGAAGUGGCACUGACAAUCGUCUACCCGCUUUAUAUCUACGGUUGCUUGUCUCUUUCCGGAGUCGACCAAGCCUUUUUCGUUCUGCUAUCACCCGCCAUGCAGAUCGCUGCCAAAAACUUUGUCAGUCGAAAUCUUACCGACCACAACGAGAUGAAACUCGUGACGAUUAUUUUCUUCGUGGAGAUAUUCGGUGUGCUGUACACCUCCAGUGUUCUUGAGAGCACGUCGUCCUGGUACACGAUCGCCCUCAUCAUGGGAACGGAUGCGUUGCAGUUUGGGCUCGCGCUAUUUGAUACCAUGAGGCUC